GCCGGGGCUCUGUCGGCAUAGUCUCGCCCCCGCCUUCUGUCCCCGUUCCUCGCGGGCGCUUCCAUGCUUUCCCUUCUCGCCAAGGGGGCUCCCCGCUCUGCCUGCCGCCUCCCCCCUUCUAGGCUUUCUCUCUCGCCUCGGACCCUUUAUCUUCUGCUCUGCCUUUGUGUUCUCUGUCUCUCCUCCCUCGCCUUUAAGACCUGGCUCUUUACGUUGUGCGCCUCGUCUGUUUUCUGCCCUCCCCUCCUUUUCGGCAUUACACAAGAUUUCUGUAAAGUCUCCAGUAAUUACCUUCCACCCUCGCAGUCACUAACCGAGGCGCUUAAAGCCUCUUCAGCCGUAAGCAUCCACCGAAAAGAGUGGAGACCUCCACCGGCCCCCGCGCUCAUCCUUCUAAUUCUGAGUACGGCGCUGUGACCAGGGCUAGCAAUAUACCUGUAGCCAUGAUUGUGUAACAUGCAAGCCAUUGAUCACAGAGGAAAUUCUCCUGCCUUCCUUCAGCCUCAGAAUGGAAGCAGCCAUAAAUCUGGAUAUGUCCCAGGGAGAAUUGUCCCAUUUCGUCCUCCACCUCCUCCAAAGAACCAAGCUUCAGCCAAAUUUACCUCUGGAAGACAGGAAGCUCAUGCAACAGUAGCCUCAGGAGAUGAGCAGCGCUGUCAAGCAGAAGCAAGCAGAAAGAAAAGACACAAAAAUACACUCAUUUGCUUUGCCAUGUCUAGCUUUUCAUUUUUUAUUGCACUUGGGAUUAUUUUGGGGAUAGCAUCAAAAUAUGUUCCUGAUGAGAACUGUCCAGAUCAGAAUCCUCGUCUUAAGAACUGGAAUCCUGGAUAUGAUCGAGAAAAGAAAGUUAUACUUAAACAGGGAGACUUGUUUCGGCUGAAUAUGAAUGCUACAGUGCAUUCUAUAGUUAUACAGGAUGGAGGAUUACUUGUCUUUGGCGAUGAUGAAAAAGGAUCCAGAGAUAUUACACUGCAGACACAGUUUAUCCUGAUAAAGGAUGGUGGAGCGCUUCAUAUUGGAGCAGAGAAAUGUCGUUAUAAAUCCAAAGCAACUAUAAUCUUGUAUGGCAAAAAGGAUGAAGGUGAUUAUGUGCCAACAUUUGGCAAGAAGUUUGUGGGUGUGGGCCCUGGUGGAACACUGGAAUUGCAUGGAACUCAGAAGUUAUCAUGGACUUCUCUGUCAAAGACUCUUCAUUCUUCAGGACUGGCCUCUGGCUCAUAUACUUUUGAAAAGGAGUUUUUCCGAGGCCUCAGUGUGAGAGUUAUUGAUCAAGACACUGCACAAGUUUUGGAAGUGGAGAGGUUUGAUACUCAUGAAUCUCAAAAUGAUAGCAGGAAACUUCAGGAUUUUCUAAAAGGCCAAGAUUUUGGUCGCAUUGUAGCUAUUGUGGUGGGAGAUUCAGCUGCUAAAAACCUACUAGAUGAAACCAGAACAAUCAUACAGAACCUUCUGGGGAGCAAGCUCGUCAAAGGAUUAAGUUAUAGGCAGGCCUGGGCUUUAGUUGGUGUAGUUGGUGAAGGAGAGUCAUCAUGUAAUGAGUCUGUGAGAGACUAUGAAAACCACAGCACAGGAGGGAAAGCUCUUGCACAACGAGAAUUUUUUACAGUGGAUGGUCAGAAGUUUGCUGUGAGAGCUUUCAGUGAAUGGAUUGCUGGUAUUCCAAAGUGGGGUUUCCAGGUUGAAGCCGUACACGGAGUGAUACUGGAUCUGUCAGAUGAUGUUAGUACCUGGAAGCCUGAAGACCAGAUUGUUGUUGCAAGUACUGAUUAUUCUAUGUACCAGACAGAAGAAUUUACCCUCCUUCCUUGUCCGGAAUGCAACAGACACCAAGUCAAAGUUAAGGAAACUCCUCAGUUCCUUCAUAUAGGAGAAAUUAUUGAUGGAGUGGACAUGAGAGCUGAGGUUGGAGUUCUCACCAGGAACAUCUUAAUAAAGGGAGAGAUGGAAGAUUCCUGUUACACUGGCAGAGAGUGCCAGUUCUUUUAUUUUGAUACUUUUGGUGGACAUAUCCAGAUUUUGAAGAAUUUCACAUCUGUUCACCUCUCCUAUGUGGAACUCAAACAAAUGGGUCAGCAGGUGCAUGGAUCUUACCCUGUUCACUUUCACCGCUGUGGAGAUGUAGAUGAGAAAGGAGGGUAUAACUACAAGACUUAUGUAGAAGGCCUUUCAAUUCACCACUGCUUCUCCAGAUGUGUGACCAUUCAUGCAACAAAUGGCUUACUGAUAAAAGACACCAUUGGUUAUGACACACUAGGUCAUUGUUUUUUUAUGGAGGAUGGAAUUGAGCAGAGGAAUACGCUGUACCAUAACCUAGGGCUGGUCACCAAGCCAGGCACACUUCUUCCAACAGACAGGAAUAGUACAAUGUGCACGGCCAUGAGGGAUCAUGUAUAUGGAAACUAUGAGCCAGUACCAGCCGCAGACUGCAUGGCUGUUUCAACAUUUUGGAUUUCUCAUCCCAACAAUCACCUUAUCAAUAAUGUGGCUGCAGGCUCACAGGAUGCUGGCAUAUGGUAUAUAUUUCACAAAGUGCCUACAGGGGAGUCUCAUGGAUUGUUUCCUGAAACCAAAGCUGAACUUACACCACUAGGAAUUUUCUAUAACAAUAAGGUUCACUCCAACUUUAAGGCUGGCUUAUUCAUUGAUAAAGGUGUGAAAACUACCAACGCAAGUGCUGAAGAUAAAAGGGAAUAUCUGUGUUUGGACAAUAAUGCAAGGUUUCGACCACAUCAAGAUGCAGAUCCUGAGAAGGCCCGAGUUGCUGCUCUCAUAGACAGGCUAAUAGCUUAUAAAAAUAAUGACCAUGGAGCUUGGGUCAGAGGAGGGGAUAUCAUCAUUCAGAACUCUGGGUUUGCCGACAAUGGAAUAGGUUUAACAUUUGCGAGUGAUGGAAGCUUUCCAAGUGAUGAAGGCUCCAGCCAGGAAGUCUCAGACUCUCUGUUUGUUGGUGAAAGCAAGAAUUAUGGCUAUUCAGGUGGCCAAAACAAAUACUGGGGCACUGGAGGAAUAAACAAUAAAAAUCGUACUCUGCCUAGAAACCGGACUUAUCCAAUCAGAGGCUUUCAGAUUUAUGAUGGACCUAUUCAUCUCACCAAAUGCACGUUCAACAAUUUUAUGCCAACUCCAGAUAGAUUCACUAGUGCAGUUGGGUUCCUAAUGAAAAACACCUGGCAAAUUACACCCCAGAACAAUAUUUCCCUUGUGAAGUUUGGUGAAAAUGUUUCUCUGAAAGUCUUUUUUGGUAAGCCUGGUCCUUGGUUUGAAGAGGCUGAUCUAGAUGGUGACAAGAACUCUAUAUUCCACGAUGUAGAUGGGUCUGUGACUGACUACAAGGACACCUAUGUUGGUAGAAUGGAUAACUACCUGAUUCGACAUCCCGACUGUGUUAAUCUAACCAAGUGGAAUGGUGUGGUCUGCAGUGGGACCUUUGCUCAGGUUUACAUUCAGACACGGAAUCCACAGAAUCUUACCAUGACUAUGGUGCGGGAUGAAUACCCUUCCAAUCCUAUGAUAUUGCGAGGUAUUAAUAAUCAGAAAGCUGACUUUCAGCAAUACCAGCCUGUUGUGAUGCUUCAAAAGAGCUAUACAAUACAUUGGAGUGGACAAGCCCCACAAACAACCUUCCUUUACCUCAUUAACUUCAACAAGAAUGACUGGAUUCGGGUAGGCGUUUGUUACCCACCAGAUGCUACUUUUCAAGUAACAUUUGAUGUAUUCCAAAGGCAAGCGUCUGCUUACUAUAGUGUGGAAGACUAUGUGUCUGCCUCUUCAAUGACAGAAUUGCAGAAGAGUCGAACAGAGAAAAAGUUUUAUUUUGAUAACAGCACUGGGCUGCUGUUUUUGUUUCUUCAAGCCAAAUAUCAUAGGAAUGGGCACAGUUACUGUUCCUCUCAGGGAUGUGAAAGAGUCAAGAUUCAGGCCAGCUUUCAGUCAAAGCCUGUCAGUAACUGCUUGAUGAAAGCUUAUCCAAAGUACUUCCAGAAGCCAACUAUCAUGAAAAGAAUGCCCAUGAAGAUUACAGGCUCCUGUCAGAAAUGUGGCUCAGCUCAGAUGGCAUUUACCAGUGAACCUCAUAAAACCUACCUCCUUGUGAAAAUUCAGUCCCCAGGUAAAGUUGAAGUGCAAAAGAACCAAGAAUCUUAUAUCUCAGGCAAUGGCGUUAAGUUUCCAUCAAGUGGUGUGGGUGUACUCACCCUAGUCAUUGAUGCCUGUGCUGGCAGAGUAACAAAAGAGAGAUUUUUCCCUGAAGCAAACAUCAGGAAUCUAGAGGAAUAUGUUAAAACUGGAAUUCCCCAAAGGUCUAUAGUUGUAUUAAGCACCAGAGGGAAUAUAACUAAUCUUAACAUUUCUCAAGCCUUAAUGACCCUGGGAGCAGCAAAACCAGCAAAUCUUCAAAAUAUGGGGAGCACAAGCUUUCUUGGGUUCAGAGGAAACUUUAAACCAUCUUGGAUAAAGCUUUUUACCAGUCCUGCAGGGCAGGGCCAAGGUCAGAUUGAAAAGUAUAUACCUUUGCAGCUGGAAGAGUAUGGUUGUGCCAGAGUGGACACGAGCCGACGGAAAGAUUUGGAACUUUUAAAGCAGGCGAUAAGAACACAGUAGAAAUUAAGGUGCAUAUGUGCACUGAAGACAAUGUGAACUAAUUUAUUUAUUUUAUGGGAUUUUAAAGUGUACUAUUACCCAAGUACAUCACUUUGCUGUCUUUGAUAUGAACAUAUGCCUACAUUGAAUGCUUGAAUGCCCAUCUGUGCACCUUUUGGAUUGUACAAAAUAUUAAAGAAUUAAAGUAUUUGUUUUGGAGGGGGGGAUUCUUCUAAUGUUUGUACUUUAUUAUAAAAUGUCUUUGUCUUCUACUUUUUUGUUGCAUUUUUUGAAAGAGAGGAUGCUGGAAGUAUCAGCCACCUUGGAAGAUUUGAUCAGAAAACAUAGAGUUGUACCUUGGAUUACUUGAAACGAUUUUUAAAGAUAGUUACAUAUAUGUGUGUUAAGUAGAGGCCAAUUUGCACAUAGCAAUCAGCCACUUAUUUUUCCCAUUCUUUCCAACUCAUGCUUGUGAUCUGUGUGCAUGAACAGUGAACUUAUGAGCCAGGAGCUGAUGGAACAGGGUGAGAGAAUUUUCAUUGAUAAGUAAGGUAAAUUUUUGAGGUUUCUUGAAAACUGGUUCUUAGGCAUUCUCUCUGUUCACAUGAUGUGUGUGUGUGUUAGAGCCUUCUGAUGAGAUAGGGGCAGGAGUAGCUAAUUAUAAUGCAUGACUUGAUCUUAAGAUUGGCUCUUUAGCAAGACUUUGAAUAAUCUGGUUAUAAUUGAUGUCUACUUAACUAAUAUUAAAGAGUACAUUUCUUUCAUUCUCUAAAUGAAGGAGCAUUAAGAUGGUUUAAGUGAAAAUAUUUAGUGGCCAUUUCAAAACUCUUUGUGUGGUGGCUUUAAACAUGUGGAAAGACCAUCAUUUGGUAGUCUCUGCUUGAGUCAGUGAUGCAGCCAUUACUACAAGCCUAGUUGUUGCCAGUCAUUUUGAUUAGUUGUGGGGCAUGGCCAGUGGCAUCACAACUAUGUGACAUCUAUGUAAGUGUUACAUACAUUAUAAAACAACUCUGGUCCAUACCUAGCCCAAGAAUAGCAAAAACUACCAAUUAUAUUAUGACAUAUUUCUUUUUCACAUGUCCAGAGGCCAGUCUCUUUACAUCUAGAGCGGUGGUUCUUAACCUGGGGUGCACACAACCCCGGGGGUAUGAGACACUUUUUCUAGGGGUGCGAGGCAUUGUUCAAGAGAUUUUAAAAAUUCAUUUAAAUAGAAGCAGAAAAUAACUACAAUGAUUUUGGAAAACUGUCAUUUAUCUUAGCUAAGUUAGGCUAAAACACACAGUAAAAUAAAACAAAACAGGAACGGUAUUUUUUCAGAGGGUGUGAGAGCAUAUUUUGGAAAUCCAAGGGGUGCUGGCAGUGGAAAAGGUUAAGUACCACUUACCCUUUCUAGAGGAUUGUGCCAUCUUUUGUAUUAAUACAUCUAAUGUAUUUUUUUUUAUCUUGUACGUCGCCCAGAGUGGCUGGACAACCAGCCAGAUGGGCGACUAAUAAAUUUAAAUAAAUAAAUAAAUAAAUAAAAAUAAAUUUUGACUGGGUAAAAGGGUUAAUCUUUCUGGCUUUGCCUGAGCAAGAAGGUCCCCCCAUCUCACACCCACAGACCCACCCUGCCUUUUUGAUAGGAAAAGAGUUUUUGUAGUGCUCCUUGGACCUCCAGUUGUCAGUAGACUUCUUAUUUUGUAUUUAUUCUUUCUAGCUUUCUCUUCCCUUAGUAAGGAAUUUUGAGAAAGGACGCGUGAGGACUCCCCAUUGUCCUCUUCUGGGCCAAGGCAGCACAAGUACCAGAGGCUAAGGCACUUUGGAGUUUUUUGAUGCUGUUGUCGUUACCUCAAGUCCGUCAGAACAUAGCAGCAUUAUACUGAGUCAGACCAUUAGUCUUCCUAUUCAGUAUUGUCUGCACUGAGUGGCAGUGGCUCUUCAGGGUUUCAGGUGGUGGACAUGCCCAGACCUACUUAGAGUGACCAGGGAUUGAGUCUGGGAUCUUCUGCAUGCAAGACAGAUGCCCUACCACUAAGCUACAGCCCUUCCCCUCACGAAGGUCCACCUAGUGAAGAGGGAAACCAAGGGCUGCUGCCUCAUAAUUUGAAAAGUCCCUCAAGUUCUGAGCAGGGAGCUUGGCACCACUACCAAAACAAGAUUUUUCAGCUUUCCUCCAUCUGACACAGGAAGAAUGUGGACAGUGGGGAUGGGAAAAAUGUACCAGAAAGAUUUGUUCGCAACCUGAGAUCUACCCAAGUAGUUGUGCUGGAAGAAAUAGGGCAUGAUCAAAGAGACAGGUCUGGACAAGAAACAGGCCACAGCACAAGAGAACUCUCCUACAUGCUUCCUGUGACUUGAAUCAGGAGUUUUUGUGGGAAGUUGAGACCCAUAGCACUCCAUCAGAAUUAGGCCUUCAGUAGUUGAUGUGGUAGUAGGGGUAUACAUAAGAAAAGGUUAUAGGUGACCUUUCAUUGCAGAUGGUCUGCAGAAAGGUGACUUGAAUACUAAUACACCAUAGAACGAAGCGUUGGCGCUAAGGAUACCUGGUUGUAGGGCGGAGGUGGAGAACCUGUGGCCCAUUAGAAGUUGUACUACAACUCCCAUCACCUCAGACCAUUGGCCAUGCUGCCUGGGGCUGAUAGGAACUGGAAGUCCAACAACAUCUGAUGGGUACCAGUUCCCUAUUCCUGUUAGGACAAGAAGAACAUGUUGACACAUCUUCAUAUUUGGUUGUAUCCUAACUUCCUUUCUGUGAAUUUACAGGACUUUCUCACCUGCCCUUCUCUCCGCAGCCCCCUGAAACUGUGAGGGGGGACCCUUGGGGAUGGUAUGAGAUACGUUGCAGGGGGAGAUGGCUGGAUGGAGAGAGGGAAGCCAGUGGAAAUUGCUCUCUUGCAUGAAGAGUGGAGCAGCUUAGUGUCCGAACCAUUGUUUCUGAAGGGUGUAACAUAAAAGCAUUCACCUAUAGUUCAUAAACGUCCUGUGUAGAAUCUGAACUGGAUGUUCAUAGUCCUUCAAGGGCUUCUGAGAACAUUCUGAAAGCUGUCUUUAGUGCUGUAUCACCUCAGCAUAUCUGAAGUUUGAACUUGGGACACUGUUAGUUAACUGUUAGAGACAGGGUGAGGUUCAGGUUUGAGCCAGUAUACUCUUAUUGUUCCAUAGUCUUGGGAAUUGAUUCUGCAGGGAUUUACAUCCCAGAUACAAAGAUUUGGGGCUAUCUCUAAGGGGGUGUGGGGCCCAGGGCAAAUUGCACGGUGUGGGCCUCCUAUUGCCUUCAUCCCCUCUGUCUCUGCUACCCCUCCUCUCCCUCAGCUUUUUGUUAUUUCGGCAUUGCUUUAGCAGUUGCAAUCUCCUCUCUCCCCUCCCUUACAUUUUGUUGCAGCUUUAGCAGUGGCAGUGCCAGCAAGAACCUCCACCUUCCUCCCUUACUACUUUGCUCUAGGAAGGAAAGAGAUGGAGAGCCUCCCUAGGUGGGUGGGGGGUGCCAAGCCUGGGACACUUAUUUGUUGUAUUCCCCACACACCCACUGCCAGGGACAACUCUGUGAAGACUAGACUGUUGUGGAGGGGAAAGGAUAGUUGUUUAAAUUUAAUUCCAAUUCUUUUUGGUUCCAAGGGCCAAUGUAUCCACACUCAUAUGAUGUGGGAGAGAUGGGUUAGUUAGACCAUCCACAGGAAGGCCCCCUCACUUGUAUUUAUAGCUCAUAAUUUCCCCUUUUUAAAGAUCAGCAAGCUUCAGUGUUUGAUUCAUGCGGAUAAUGUUGAGCAAUGUUCCCUGCUUUUCCAGUUCCCAUCUGGGAGGUGUGGUAUAUCUUCCCAUGAGUAAAUUCAAAAGAUUGACCAGAAGGUAAUGCUGUCCCAAAAAUAAAUAUUGUCCUCUGGAUAUUAAGAAGGUAAAUUUACAGUUGUUUUUAAAAAUCCCUUUUCUUAGCCCUCUGUAAAGUCCCAGGGUCUCCAUGACCUGGAGAACAAAACAAACAUCCUUUGCUUUGUUAGUUUUGCAAACCACACAAAAGAUCUUUGUAAUUAUUUACCUGCAGCUAUAGAUAAUGGUAUUUUAACUGCAAGGGAGAAAUGGUGGUGCUUAGAAACUAAGCCUAUAUAUGUUUUCAGGUGCAACCAUAUGCAUACUUUAAUUUGUGGCUGGAGUUUUAAUCAAGAUGUUUCUUGAUCUUUCAUCAAGUAUACUCAAGGAUAUGCUUAGGCUGCAAAUCACAGAAACUAUAUUGAUAAUGCUAUUCAUUAAAAUACAGUAUUUCCCAAAUACUGUUCCCAUUCAUCUGGCAUUUAUUAAUAUUUCAGUUUCUGGGAAUGUGGACUUCUUAAGAGGGUUGGGGUGAAGAACAUUAAAGUAUAACCAGAAAAAAGAGGAAAAUGAAGAUUACUUUUCCAUUUAUUUUUGCACUGGUUGUCCUUUCAUACAUCAGUUACUUUUUAGUCAGGUAAUCUUUUUACAGGGAGUCAAAAUAUAAAAUAUGCUUUUGCAGUUACUCACUUAUAAAAUAUGUAUUUUUCCCUCAUGCCUUCUAUGCAAGAAAUGCAGAGGAGUUGAGUUAGUUUGUCCUGUUGCCUUACACAAUAUGCUACCUCAGUCAUUACCAAUAAAACAUUUGUGGCAAUAAUUUCCUUUGUAUUGCAGUUUCUGUCUUUUAAUAUGGCAGGUUUGUAAGCAGUUGGCAGUGUAAUUGUAAUACUAAUUCAACAAAUAGUUCACUCAUCUUUACAAAAUAAUGAAAUCUUUUGUGAGGGUCAUUUGUCACACCUCUCCCUCCACAUGUGCACCAGUCUCCAGCAGAAGAGAGUCUCUCUCAUCCUGUGAGCAGGGAGAAUGUGACAACAGGCAGGUAGGGCAAGGGAGGGAAGGGGCAUCCUUUUAAGUUCCUCUGGUGGGAUGAGGUGGGAGCUACAGCCAUUUGAGUUGGCUCUUGCUUCUGUAGAAGGCUGCCAUGAACAAUGCUACUUGGGUGAACCUUGUUCUUCCUGCUAGGCAUGCAGAAAGUUCUCAACAGAAUCAAACUAGCCAGAAUGUCUCCUCCACAGAGAUUCCCUGCAGCCCACUUCCCAAACCUGCAGUAAGCUUUCAGUCUUUUGACUCUGGCUGCCAGUCUUAGCCUGCAUGAUCCUACUUGCCCAAAUGCAAACUGCACUGGCUUACAAGCCUUCAGCACUGCAACUGAGCAGGAGUCAGUCUGAAGCUGAGAUACAAAUAGGCUGUGGACUGAAAAACUCUUUUAUCUUCCUUCUCAGCUUUGUACGUAGUCUAACAGAGUUGUUGCAACUUUACUGGGAGAUCGCAAAGAAUCUUGACCCUUGGAAAUAUGCCAACCUAUGUAGGCUUCUGUGUAUACUUUUACUAAACAUUUUGUUCUGGACUUGAAAUGAAGAGGUAAACGCAGUUUA